UUCGCCAUUGGCGAAUCUUUGAUUAUAUGUCUUUAAAUGCAGCUAGAAAGAACAGACCAUUUAUCUGUCCAUGGCAAAAUGUAAUACUAUAGCGCAUGCGCUAUAGCUUCUGCAUUCUGCCUUAUGGCUCCUGUAAUUUUAUGUGCUUCCACCUUUAAGGUGCCUUUUCAUGCUGACGCUCGACGCUCAUUUUUUAGCGUCAGAAAGUCACGUGACCAUGAUUGUCGCCAGCGACAACUGAAAUCCAUGAAAAAGGAUACAGCGUCGAAUUAUAAGCGACAACUUAACCUAUUAGCGAUAGUAUACACAUACAGUAUUCGGUGUUGUCAUCUUGUUCAUUAAAAUUUGACAUCGUUCUUGCUUCCAAUAUAUCACGCAUUAAAAAUUAAGUGACGAGCAUUAAUAUAGUAUAUUUAAUUUGUAUUAAUAUAAAAAUGUCGUUUACAUACAAAUAUAAUACAUGGCUAAAUAAGUGUGUGACAAUCAUUAAUAAGAAAAACAAGAAAAUAAGCGGAAAAAAAUACUCGCAGUAUUAGCAAUUCACGAAUUACAAAAAGAACAAGUUUAUCAUGGAAAGCGAUUUUGGGUUGAACCAAUAUUUAAAAAACGCCAUAUUCAUGGAUUUUAUCACGCAAUUUUUCCAGUUAUGUCAUUACAUGAAAGUCGAUUCAAGAACUAUUUUCGCAUGACAGCAACGCAAUUUGAAGAAUUAUUAUUUUUAAUUGCUCCUUAAAUUACUAAACAAACGGUGGUUCGAGAGCCAAUUUCUGCUGAAGAACGAUUAUCAAUGACAAUAAGAUUCUUAGCAUCUGGUGAUUUUAUGACAUCUAUCUCGUAUCAAUAUCUCAUUGGUUUAACAACUGUGAGUAAUAUUAUUGAUGAAACGUGUAAUGCUAUAUGGAAUAAUCUUCAAAAGCAAGUACUUCCAUCUUCUUUAACAAAAGAAGAUUGGUUAAAUAUUGAACAUGAUUUUGAAGAAUUAUGGAAUUUUAAACAUUGUGUUGGAGCAAUUGAUGGGAAACAUAUAUUGAUACAGUGUCCUAAUAAUUCGGGUUUAUCAUACUUUAAUUAUAAAAAUAACCACAGCAUUGUUUUGCUUGGAAUAUGUAAUGCAAAGUAUAUAUUUACAUUUGUGGACAUUGGAGCUUACGGUCGACGCAGUGACGGUGGCAUCUUUAAAGAUUCCUUGAUUGGACAAUCUUUUGAUAAUAAGCAAAUGAAUUUACCAGAAGCAGAACCUAUAACGUCAGAUGGACAACCUUUACCAUACGUACUCGUGGGAGAUGAAGCGUUUUAAUUAUCAAAUUACUUACUUCGA